UGACAAUAUCACCUGUAGCAAGAGAAGUUGAUGUAGGAAAGACCACUUCUAAGACGGUUGUUCCAAUUAAGGGGGCGCCUACGUUUUCACCCGCCAGGGAACGACCGGGACGAACAAGUAAAGUGUCAAUAUCCAAUGCCUUUUUGCACAAGAAGAACACCAGGAAACAAGGCGCUUCGCAGGAGCGUUCAGAGACCGGAGGAAAAAAAGAGCGACCGGCAUGGUCAGUGGACACCAGGGCAAUUCUUGGUUACAAGACUGCAGCUUCCUCAAGACUCCGAAGUCGCAGCAGAAGCCCGCACUCUUCGCGAAGUCCAGAGCCCGCCUUAAAAAUCGGCGUAUCGGAAGAACAGUAUCGCGCAUGGUGCGGAGGUGGAAGCGAGAACGAAGAGACGUCGGGAGACGAUUUCAGUACCGACUACGAAGAGGAUGUUGAUCCAGUAGACUACAACUGCAACCACUCUAGAUCUAGAUCACCCCCGCCGUCGUCUCCUGCUUCUCGUCGCGGUGGCGCUCUUACCCAAUCAAAGCAAAUCGGAACGGCAACGGCUGGAAAAACACAGGAGUUUUCCUCUUUUGGGUCGCGCAAUGAAGAACCACGAGCCGCGGGCAUGGACUCGAGGUAUCUAACUCCGGUGCCGGUCCACCUUCGCGGUCAAGACUUCUCACCGGAACGGGACGCGCCAACAAAAAUUUCCUAUGAGCGAGUCUGCAAAGUGCACAAGGGCGUUCGACAAUAUCCGCGACAUCGAUACGACACGUACGGCACACCACCGAUACACCGAAAGUACCAUUCCCAGAAGAUUCGGUACGAGUCACCUUUAGUAUCUCGACACGAUGCUGAUGUUCGCAGCACUGAUGUAUCUCGAAUCAAUGCUGAUGUGCGCAGCACGACUGUAUCUCGAAUCAAUGCUGAUAUGCGCAGUACUGGAUCUCGAGACGAUGCUAUCAUGGCAAAGUACUUUGCAGCUGGUAUUAGAUUCCAACGGGAUGCGUCUGCUUUUCAUCCUACAGCUAGUGGGCCUAGGCAGCACAAAGGUAGCGGUCGGAAACACGGAGAACAUAGUGCAUUGCUGCAAGGCAAUGCUUUUAGGCACGAUGGGAGAGCUUCCCCUCAAGAUGAUGGGUCUACGCACGAUGGCGCCUCUCAACACCAUCAGAAUGGAAGUAUCAUAGCAACAGCUGAAGAGGUUCGGAGCAUCUCGAACGUGAGUCCCUCGGUGAACGAUCGGCAACAUCUUGCUGGAGGACAUCAACAUCACCCACAGCAACAGGCUCUUAUUGAUUUUACAGUGGAGGAGAAGGUUCCUGUUGGUCAAGAUGCGCAGGUGGAGAAGGUUCCUAUCGAUGAUCA